GGGAACGAUACUGGUCAUUUCUGAAGGAAACACUUCAAAUCAGUAUUGUUGACAAUGCCUUCGCAGACAGGAGUCAUUUUACUUGCUCUGUUUUCACGCUUUUCAAUAGUGUUUGGAGUAGAAACUUUGUCAUGUCCAUCCAUGUGCACAUGUCAUCAUACAUUUUUGUCAGAGCUCUCAAUUUUCUCCUUGAAAACAACGCAGGUAGAAGUCGAUGAAAAUCUCAAUGUCAACACCAAGUCGAAAAGAAUUCACAAAAAUGAGGUCAUGGACGGAACGGAAGACAACGUGGAAAUAAUGGAGAAUAAUCCUAAACUAUUAAUGGCAGUGUGUGUCAUCCAAACAAAUAUGAAAAUCAGAGAGACUUUUGAAAAAUUGAAGAGUGUGGAGGUUUUGACCAUUCUCCAAAGUCCAGACACUGAGAACGUGACCUUCAGAACAGAGGACUUCAGUGGUUUUGAGCGACUCAUAGCAUUGGAGAUACAUGGCUUUGAUGGUGAAAAACUGAACUUUGGCAAAAAUCCUUCAAGAAGAAUGAGGCUUCGUCAUGACGUACUUCGGAAAAUGAAAUCAUUACAAUAUAUUAACUUGGAAUUUGUUGAACUUUUAGGUAGUCCAGCUCAAGGUAAUAAAAUUCUUCCUGUCUCUUCACUAAAAUACAAGUAUGCCACCAACCAAAAAUACGAGUCUAAUGAUAUUCCGGUCAUUUUACAGCCUCAAUUCGAGCAAAGAGUGAACAGUCGAGAGAAAAUAGGUCUUAACAAGAAUUCUCUGGCACCACAUUUGGUGUUUCUGGAGCCGAAUCAAACUGACGACUUUGUCCUUCCCUACAAAGUCUAUAAAGAGGAGCAAGAGAAGCUAGGAUUAUAUAGUUUUGCAGACUUGGGGAGAUUGAAAUUCCUUAGAGUAUACCAUUGUAAUCUGAGAGAAAUCUACUGGGAUAUGUUUGAAGGUCUGAAAAGCUUAGAAACUCUUAUCAUUGAAGGAAACGAGCUGCUAUUUUUGCCUGACUUCGCUUUCUAUGGCACACCAAAUCUACGGUUCUUAUCCUUGGCUCACAAUAAACUUCUCAGUCUACAAAGCAUGAGCUUAGCAGGACUUCUUCAGCUCAAGCAUCUAGAUGUCUCCCACAACAACAUCACUCAUCUCUCAGAGCUAUCUCUGCCACCUUUCCCAAAGCUACAUUCCGCUGAUUUCAGAGAAAACCCAUUAGAAAUAAUAUUCCCGAGUACUUUUGAAAUCAUGAAUGCAACACAGGAAUUGUACCUGGGAAGCAGAAAUACUGUUGUUGAUAUUCAGCCCAAUUCAUUUUUCGGUCUUAAAUCUCUUACGAGAUUGUUGAUUUCUAAUGUUAAUUUGGAGAUUCUAGAGAGAGAUUAUCUGAAAGGUUUGCCUAAACUCAGAGAAUUGAAAUUUGAAGGUGUUAUAAAACAACUUGCUUUUGACGCUUUCCUGGAGGUGCCUGUAAUAGAGAAGCUGAUUUUAAAAAACUGUUCCAUCGAGAAAAUCUCAAUGGAUUCGUUUUAUGGACUAUACAACCUGUUAUCUUUAGACUUGUCACACAACUCAUUGAAUCUCCUCCCCCCGGGAGUAUUCGAUCAGUUGUUUUCUUUGAGAGAGUUGAGCCUCAAUAAAAAUAACCUGACAGAGCUACCGAUUGGAAUAUUUUCGAAUAUUCCUGCAAAGAUGAUUCGUCUUGAUGGUAACCCGUGGCAUUGCACAUGCGCCAUGAAAGACUGGCAACCAGGUGUUGUCAACAGAGUCAAACAGGUGAAGCUUGACAACAAAAUGUGUCAGUUCCGCUUUGAUAAGGGUACAAAUUGUCCAUUGUCAUCCACUCUGAUAUAUUUGUAUGAUAAGACGGUCGCUCCACGCUGCUCUACUCCUGCCAAGUAUCAAAACUGGAGUGUAUUCCAUCUGCUUCGAAAAGAGCUACGUUGCCAUAAGAAUAAGAAAACAAAGAUUGAUAGAAAAGCUUACCUUGAACAGAAACUAAUCGAUUAUGAGAAAAUGAAAGAAAAACAUCUCAACAAAUCGCCAGUAAGUCCCAGCUACAGUAAUUCAAGUGAUGAGCAAGCAUUCUCAAAUCGAUCGAAUAUCGAAACAGAAACACCAAAAUUUCUUAUUCCUGCCUUAGCGCAAGAUACAAAUAAAACUGGAGAUGAGUCUCUGAAAGCUGAAGAGAGAGUUGUCACUCAAGAAAAAACUGUAAUUGAGUCUCUUAAAGCUGAAGAUAAAGUUGUCACUCAAGAAGAACCGAAUGAAAUAAGUAAAAAUUCUGAUAUUUCUAACAAUUUAGGAAACAGAAUAAUGUCUGUUGCUAAGGAGAGUGUUACUGAUAAAGCACUUGAGAAUAUUUUGAACCCAAUAUCCAAUCAGCCUGAUGUGAUGAUUGAAAAACACAAAAACAACAAUACCAUUAAGCAAGAAAUUGACCAUGAAAAACUACAUCAGAAAGAUGGAAAGUACGAUUCUACAAAAAUUAGACAUUUGAAUCCAGUGGAAAGAGCACAAAAAAUGUUGAAAUACAAACAGAAAAUGAAAUUUCAUCAAUCUGAAGAAGAAAUUUUGAGACCAGCCGAUAGUAAGAAAAUUGAAAAGACCGAUGAUGUUCAGUUGAAAGAUUUGAAGAAAAUGUUCCAAAAGGAUUUAGAAUUGAAACGCAGAGAAAAAUUCAAAAUCUUGAAAAAUGAUCAUUAGAUCAUGAAAAAGAUUCCUUUUCAACCAAGUAAAAAUGGUAUAAAUUUGCAUUUUUAUAUUUCUAUUCUAAUUUUUUUAUUGAAUUAUUACCAUCGUUAAAUUUCAGUGGAGGCUUAAAAUGCAUAUAAAAAUUUAACACGGUGUUUUACAAACUGAAGAAAAUUUAAAUUAUAACAAGAAAGGUAUAUUUGCAAUUUUCUGUAACAUGCCACUUGUGUAUUAUAUUAAAAUAAUCAUACCACAGGAAACAUUAAACAAUUUUUGAGCAAUUCAAUAAUAACAAGAAGAAGGCACUUUCUCCUAUUUUCAAUAAUCAAGUUUGACCCUUUCUACAUGAAAUAUGAUGCUUUCCAGCAUAUUUCGUUCAAUAUUUUCAACAAUUUAUUGUAUAUAUAUAGGUACCUACUUUUCUAUUGAGUUAUUGGACUGAUUUUUUAAAAUUCUUUAUAAAGUCUAUUCAUUUAAGUUGAAAAUUCAUUCGCAAAAAAUAAUGUCUAUUGUUAUUGUGAAUGUUGUACCCCGAGCAACUGCGGUGUACCUUAGCCAUUUGCAUUUUCUGUGAGAAAAUUUUUGUGUUUGAUUUGUCUAAAGAUGCUUACAGAUAUACGCGCCGCGAACAUGAGCAAUUCACUUUUAAUCAGCUAAUGCCAAGCUUUUUAUAUCUGUAUCUUACCGUUUCUGUAAGAAUACAGAUAUAGUCAGCUGACUAAAAGUGAAUUGCUCAUGUUCGCGGCGCGUAUAUCUGUACGCACCUUUAUAUAUAGAACACUGCGGUGAAACAAGCCAGGUUUUCAGGAACAACGUAUUAUAAUUAUUAUUUCCAGUUAUGAAGGUAUAGCUACAUGUUUUCAACAAUUUAUUCUCAAACAUCAACUGUAAUUGCAUACUUCUUUAAUUACCAACACAAUUGUUGAAACGAUAACAAAAAAUAAUGCUUACUAUAAUAAUAACAUAACAGAUGUACAAAACAAUGAUUACAGAGAGCAAAAAUAGAACCUACAAGAGCAUGUUAGUUAAGAGUACUGUCACAUUUGUUGCUAAGAUCACAUAAGCAUAAAUAAGUAAAUUUACAGUUAUUUAAAAAAUAUCAACAAACUCUGAAUUUAUCUCAGAUCACAUUAUCGCAAAAUAUUAACUAUUUCAAAGACUGAGUAGAUUGAUAAAAUUGAAAGCAAACAUCAUAAGCUAUUUCAUUCAUUAUUAUAUUAGAUAUCCGUAAUUGGCUAAGAUUCUGCUGCUAACUCUAAUUAACGACGUUCAACAGGCGAGCUUAGAAAAGUUUACAAAUGAUAAAAAUUUUCAUUUUGUCUAAAGGUUUAAUCAGCCAGCUAACAUUCAUCAUUUAUAGCUGACAAUUAUACUCCAAGUUGUAAAAAAAUAGUAUAAGAUGUCUUACUUGCUCUAAAAAAUUAUACAAUACAUUUGACAUUCAUAGCUGACAAUUAUACUCCAAGUUGUAAAAAAAAAAAUAGUAUAAGAUGUCUUACUUGCUC